CUGGGAGGUACUUUUGAGUCCAAAUUAAGGAGGGGCAGAUUAGUAAUCGGGGAGCAUUAAUAAUCAGACUGAUGGAUAUAUAAUUGAUGUGCUCCCUGCUAUCAGUGCUGCAGAAUAGAAUAACAUCUGCGAUACAAGGAACACGAAAGCAAAGAAGAAAGAAACAAUGCCUUCUAUUCCUAUUUCUAUCGUGUCGGAUGCGAUCUGCCCGUGGUGCUAUGUUGGAUAUUCGUCGCUGAACCGGGCGAUUACGGCGGUGAAGCAGCGUUAUCCAGAGUACAGCUUCCCAGUUUCGUGGCAGGCGUUUGAGCUGCACCCGGAGUUUCCAGAGGCGAUGCCGGUGAUGUCGAAGAGGAAGCUGUACGAGCAAAAGUUUGGCAACAGUCCGCGGUUUGCGAUGAUGCAGGAGUACUUGCAGCAGCGGGCAGCAGCGGUCGGAGCGGCGAUUGCGCCGCUGAACGAUAAGGCGGUGGUGGGAUCUACGAAACUCGUGCACGAGGCGGAGGUCUACGCGGGGGAGAAGGGCAAGCAGACAGAGCUGAUGCUCGCGUUCUUUGAUGCGUACUUCACGAAGAGCGAGAACAUCUUUGAGCGGGAGAAGAUUGUCGAGAUUGCAAAGACGGUGGAGGGACUGGACGCGGCGGAGCUGGACGAGUAUCUGAAGGAGCGGAAGGGGGCGAGGAAGGUCGAGCAGGAGUCUGCGAAGAACCGGUACAUCGGAGGAGUUCCGCACUUUACGAUUGGCAAGGACCUCGAGAUCCACGGCGGCCAGGAGCCUGCUGAGUUUGAGAAGAUUCUUGUUGCUGCGAUUGAGGGGAAGUAGGAAGAGAAGAGUAGUAGUAGAAGAUAAGAAAACAAUAACAAUUAAAUAAGAA